AAGUUCGUGAAAGAAAGAAACAAAGCGCCAGAUGUUAAUGGGUUGGUUAGGCAGUUGAUUUGGAAUAUUUUUACUGCGGAUUGCAGGAUUAAACAUUUCUUCAAAAUAAAUCCUUUAAUAUUAUUCCUCUAGUUUUAAGUGACAGUGGUGUUAUUUAACGAAAUUAUCAAAUACAUGGCCAAGUAAAUUCAGAGACGUCUCGACGACUGGAAAUUGAAAAUAAAAUGGCGAUUUGAAUAGAAAUGGUAGACGUAUGAAUUCUGCUUUUGGACAAUCUACAAUGGAAGAUACGUCGCUUAAUCAGAACGGGGGACAAAUGGGCUCGCAGGCUGCUAGUUCAGCCAACAAUAAACAAAAUGAGGAGCCCCAGCAGCAACAGAAAACUCAUUAUUCCAUACCGGGAAUAUUGCAUUUUAUCCAACAUGAAUGGGCUAGGUUUGAGCUGGAAAGAUCACAAUGGGAAGUGGAUAGAGCCGAAUUACAAGCUAGGAUUGCAUUUUUACAAGGCGAAAGAAAAGGCCAAGAAAAUCUGAAAAACGAUCUGGUACGGCGCAUUAAAAUGUUAGAAUACGCCUUGAAACAGGAGAGAGCAAAGUUUCAUAAAUUAAAAUACGGUACAGAACUUCAGCAGGGCGAUAUGAAACCUCCCGUCAUCGAUGAGAAUGGCGAAUCGCAAAUUGACCAGGAUCAAAGCUAUGUUUCAGUGUCAAAUUCCACUUGGAAACAAGGAAGACAGCUGUUGAAACAAUACUUACAAGAAAUCGGUUAUACUGAUAGAAUUAUCGAUGUCAGAUCGACCAGAGUGCGAGCAUUACUCGGUUUAAACAAUAAUAAUGGAGAUCAGGAAGAGAAUCAUAAUAGUGGUUCGGUGAACGGGAAUGAAUCUAACAAGAGGGCCAGUGAAACGCAAGGAAGAAGAACACCAGCUAAAAAAGCACAACCAAGUUCACUAGCUGAAGCCAUGAUGCUGGAAACUGAAGCAGCCGUUAUGGUCAAUUUUGGAUUUUUGGGCAAUUCUGAUGUAGACAUGGAUGACGACGACGAUAUGAGCGACGACGGCGAUCUUGAUCCUAGUGUAGAGAUGGAGGAUGAAGUUAAAAACAUCAAGAAAGAAGGUGAAGAUGUGGACGCUCUAGCUUUAGAAGUUUUUAAUGAAUUGAACAGGUUGUCGGAAGCGGAAAAAAAGCAAGAGCUAAAAAACGAUCCGAACGAUUGGAAUAAAAUACAAGUUCCAAAAAGGCCUUUGGGAAUUAACGAUGAGGACAAUAUCGAUUCGACUUUAGGUUUAGGAGAAUUGGCACAGUUGACAGUUAAUAAUGAUGCGGAAAGCACCUACGAUAUUGCCAGUAGCAAGGAGGCAUUUCGUAAAACGUGGAACGCCAAAUAUACAUUGAGGAGUCAUUUUGAUGGGGUAAGAGCAUUGGCUUUCCAUCCAACUGAACCGGUUUUAAUAACGGCAAGUGAAGACCAUACUUUGAAAUUAUGGAAUUUACAGAAAACUGUACCAGCUAAAAAGAGUGCCAGUUUAGAUGUUGAACCAUUGUACACUUUCAGAAGUCAUACAGGUCCUGUCUUAUCUUUGGCAAUUUCUGGAACUGGAGAACACUGUUAUUCCGGUGGUUUAGAUGGCAUAAUUAAUUGUUGGAAUGUCCCAAAUUCAAACAUUGAUCCAUAUGAUCUCUUUGAACCAGAUGUGUUAAAUACUGCUCUACAAGGACACUCGGAUGCGGUAUGGGGAUUGUCGGUGUUGCACACCAGACAACAGUUGCUUUCUUGUUCUUCCGACGGAACUAUUAAGCUGUGGUCUCCACAUAGCAAGGUACAGCUGCUAAAUACCUUCUCCUCAGAACAAGACGGUAUCCCAUCGAGCGUCGACUUUGCGGGCGACGAACCAAAUCGAAUAGUGGCUUCUUUUGCCUCGUCGCAUUGUGUAAUUUUCGAUGCGGAAACGGGAAAACAAGUGUUGCGUUUAGAGUCCUCUAGCCAAGACGGUGUCAACUUGACGGCCAAGCAAAUCAACAAGAUCGUUUGUCACCCCACCCUGUCAUUAACUAUUACGGCUCACGAGGACAGGCAUAUACGGUUUUGGGACAACACAACAGGAAAAAUGGUGCAUUCUAUGGUCGCGCACUUGGACGCAGUUACCAGUUUGGCCGUGGACCCCAAUGGACUUUAUUUGCUGUCUGGCUCCCAUGACUGUUCCAUCCGGCUCUGGAACUUGGACAACAAAACGUGCGUCCAAGAGAUCACGGCGCAUCGCAAAAAGUACGACGAAAGCAUCCUAGAUGUCGCUUUCCAUCCAUCCAGACCGUAUAUAGCUAGCGCAGGCGCUGACGGUUUGGCCAAAGUUUUCGUCUAGAUUUCGAGAAUAGAUCGUGUGAAAAAUAUAAAUCCAAGAGUAAAAGUCAUACAGUGUGAUCACAGAGUAGAUAAUUGAGGUGAUGUGUGAAUAAUAUACUCGCUGCCAAUCCUGUACAAGUAUAAUAUGGCGAUCGUCUAUCGAAUGACGUUAAAAUUGAAGUGAUUGCAAAAUGUAGCCCUUUUUUUUAUUAUAUCCUAAGUUAAAAUAUCUUAAAACUAUGAAAUAAUCAGUAGUAGUUCGGUGCUUUUUUAAGCUGUAUCUCUAUUUAUACAGAGUGUUUCGAAAAACAUGUGCCAUCUCGUGGGGAGAUUCCUCGCGUAAAAAUAAGAUUUAUUACUUAUAUCAAAAUAGGUCUGAUUCUGCGUUGUUUCAUAGCUACAGGGGGUUAAAGUUUUCAUUUAUUGUUCGAUUUAUUAUAAUUUUCUUCCAACUGCUUUCAGCAAUUUUUUCCAAAUGAAAUUUUUAAGCUGAAAGUUUCUAUAAGAGAGACACAUUUUAAUGCUAAAAAAGUCUUGACAAAUUCACCCGGGACGUGCAUAUGGCUUAUCACUGGGAUAUUUUUCUAAUAAUUCUAUAAAAUGUGACACAUUUGGAAAAAAUUAUAAUAUAUUGAAAAAAUGAAGAUUUUAACUCCCGGUAGCUACCAAACAAUGGAGAAUUGAAUCAAUUUCUAUUUAUCACAUGUUUUUAAAAAACCCUCUAUUUUUUCUUUUUCAAAAAUAAAAAAGGCUACAUCACUUAAAUAAAUUUUAAAUUUUAAAUGAAGGGCGAUAAGCGUUUAUGUCUUUAUAGCAGUGAUAAUAUAUGAUUCAUAUAUAGUCUUUACCAAGCAAAGUAAUAUUAACUUAUUCUCGUCGAUUAUUGCCCUAUUUUUUAUAUCAAGUACAUAUUUUUUCUUUCUGUUGUGUGACUUUGAUGUUAAAUUAAAUAGUACAAUCUCUGUCAUUCAACGAAAAUGUUUUAAAAUGUACAGUAUCUGCUAAAAAUUCCAAGCAUAAAUGUAUAUAAUUUCUGUACAGUAAGAAUUAUUAAAAAUACAAAAAAUUUUGAAGAAAAAUAUACAUAUUGGUUAAUUAUAUAAUGUACAAAAAUAGUGUCAGUCAUUUACGAUAAAAUCGACUCUAAAUAUGUAUGAUAUACAGACUAAAAAUCACAAAGAGUGAUGAGUUAGAGCUAUGAUGAGAACUAUCUAUUAUUGGUUUUAACAGAGUUUCAUUGAUGAUAAUUGUUAAUAUACGUAGUUUUUCUCAUUGCUUAAUUUAUUAAUACAUUUAAAAAGAGAGUAAGACAUGUAGCUCUUAGCUAUAACAAUUUUUAUUUAAUUAAAAAGCGAUAAUAUUCAAAAUAUUGUACAUGGCCUUUGAUCAUAUGGUCGAGGACCGCGGUUCGGAUUCCGCGCAAAGAAAGUAGGCCCCGUCCAGAUUAGCCUCAGCAGAAAAAAGAGACGUUAAACACCACCUUGAACUUUGAACACUCAACCAGUGAUUUUUUUUUUGGUCAAAUUUUAAGUAUAUUUAUUUGUCAUAAUGUUAUUGUAUAACUUCAAUAACGCCAGCUGUCAAAUUUUCACUAACGCUAUAGAUGUAUAAAAAUUAUAAUACCACAAAAUAGUUUUUACAUAUAAAAAACAUUUUAGAAAAUGCAAAAAAAACUUUUGAAUUAGUAAAUCUCCUUUGAAAACGUUUUCGGUUAACGAUUGUUGUAAAAAGUUUACUUUAUUCUCUUAUAUUUAAACUUUUUUUUAAUUUCAUGUUUUGUCUAGGAAUCAAAGAUUAUGCCGAAAUAAAAAGUAAUUAUUAUGUUAAGAUGGGAAAAAUGCCAUAAUAUAAGUUGGGAAUAAAAUAAGGUUAUAAAAAGAUAAAGUUGUCUCGUAACUCGAUCCGCCAUUUUCGGAAACGUCAUCAACUGCGUCACUGCUAUGCGGCCCACCAUAGAUAAAGGGAUAAAAACUGCCGAUAGACCGACAGUGCAUUUCCGAUAUUCAUUGUGUAUGGCGUCCAUAGUUUUCAGUUGUUUGAUAAUUGUUUUCUUUAUUUCAUUUCCCAUUUAUCUCUCUUUGUUCGUUGCAUUUUAUUUUCUAUCCCUUUAUCUAUUAUUUUAUACGUUUUGUAGCAUACCUGUGACGUAGUUGCCGCUUCGCUCCUAUUGGUCCAAAAGUUACGAGGCAACCUGUUUAAUAUAGUAAUCCUGCGAAUAAAAUGCCAUUUCUGCCCCUCUAUUUUUUCUACAAUUUUUGCCUGUAGUUUUUUGUACAUCAAAACGUAAAAGAAACGUCAAAUAAGGUCAAAUGUACUCUGUUGUAUUAGGGGUUUAAGUGAAAUUAUUUAUAAUGUUUUGAUGCAAAGAAAAUGUGUCAGUUAAAAAAAUUUGAAAACAAUUAGGUAUUCAAAAUACGUUAUCUUUAUUUCUGGGCAUUUAUAUUGUAGAGUAACUAUCAACACCGCAUUCUGCAAUUUGUAGUUGUACCAAACCAAAACGACAAACCAGUAGAUAAAUAUAUAUAAUAGAGGUAUAACAGGGGAAUAAAAUACUGGGGAAUACCCGAACUCAGAAUUUCAACAGUAAGACCGGGCCAUAAUUUUCCCGGUAUUGUUACGUUGUGGUCGUAGAUUUGUAAAAAAACGUAUGCUAUUUAGAAUCAAAAAUAAGGAAUAACUUUAAAAAUUAAAAAAAAAUCAUAGGGGGCGUUCUUGUUGCUUAUACAUGUUCUUAUACAACCCUUACAAGGGAACGUUCCUGCACAAUGAUCCAGAACGUUCGCGAAAGUUUCCUUGUAACAAAUGGUAACGUUUUAUUCCAAUACUGAUUAUAACUUAGGCAUUCGAGGUGAAGUCUACAUAAAGAAUUUUGAUGCAUUUUUAGUUUUUUGAAGUAAAUACAUUUAAAUUUUAGCAGAUAUUGUAUGUAUUAAUUCUCAUCCUGUUCAAGAUGUGUAUGGAUUCUAACUUAUUUACUUGACCAUUUUAAUUUGGCCUAAAUUAAAAAUGAUAAGCAUUUUUCUCCUUAAUAUUAUGUAGAUGUAGAUAAUGUGUGUGUAAACUAAGACAAGUAUUUUUUUAUUAGACAAUGUUUAGAAUAUAGCACUAUGUAAUCAUGUCAGAUAUUGGUAGGAGCUAUUGAUUAAAGUUUGGAGAAAGGUAUACCAACUUAAUUUGUGUUUAAAAUCAUAUAUUUUUCGUAAUUACCUAUAAUCAUAUAUUAUAUAGAAACUAGUAUAUAUCGCCUCUAAACUGCACUUUGUGGAGUCGAGCCAGUGAAAUAGGUUAUAAAUCUCCUGAUGGAAUUUGUUUGAUCGACAAUGCCCAAUCGAUUUUCUGAAUUUUAGACUGGCGCAAUUCGCCAGUACUUCCCUAGCUACCAGAAGUACUUUGGACCAGGUAUCUGGUUGUCUCUGACUCGGCUUCAAUUCAAACACAUUGUAGAUAUAGGGGAUAAUCCAUAUAGUAGUUUCUAUAUACCGAUUUCGUCAUCGUAGAAGCGUAGUCUGGAUUUUAACGUGUAAGACAGUGAUGAAGGCGGUUUAAUGAAUAAUCAAAUGUAUUAAAAAAAGAAAAACAUUUGGGUUGAUAGACUUAUUAGACAGUUUUUGAUCUUGUGUUCGUUUUGACGCUUAACAUAGACGCGAGCCGCUUGCUGUUAACGUUAUGUUAAA